AUGCUUCAGAGCAAGAUUUUCAUUAUCCUGUUCUGCGUCCUGCUAAUUGAGUACCAGGCUCAAGCAGUGGUUAACAAAGCUCAAUCGCAGACACUGGUUACAAAGGACGAAGAGAAGAAGAACGAAAUUAAAGCCGACGACAGAAUAAGUAACUCCUACGGGCCACCUUCUGAUGACUAUGGACCACCGAUUGGAAUUAAAGGACCAGCGCCUGUUUACGGGCCACCGGAAUUAGUCGGUGACCAAGGCCCAACGCCUAUAUAUCCGCCACCACCACCGGACGUACCCCCGCCUCCGAUCUACGGGCCACCAUCGUCCUACGGACCGCCGCGAAAUAUUAAACCGUUUUUCGGUCCACCUAAACAAAGUUUCGCUCCCCCAUUGUCCUCUUUGCCGUCGAAAUUCAGUUUUGGAUCGGUGAAGCUUCAUUAUGGGCCACCGAAGCAGCAUUAUGGACCGCCAUAUUCGUUCAGGCCGCCGAAGAUUCAAUACGGUCCACCAUUAAAGUUCACUUCGUCCCUUUCGAAUCAGUUUUCAAGUUUGGGAGCCCCGAGUUUCGGAUUAAGUAAACCAAUACAUGGGCCCAGUGUUCCAGUGUCUCUCGAUGCUUACGGACCCCCGCAAAAAUUGGCUGUUCAAUUUAACUCGCAGCCAAGUGACGAUUAUGGUCCACCGCCUGCGCUGUCUGUAGCGCCUGAGGCUCAGUACGGGCCACCCGCUGACCUUUACAGGCCUCCGGUGGUUCCGCCACCAGGAGUAUCAGCGCCACCAACACCGCCUGACAUCAAAUACGACGGCUGGCAGCCUAUCGCUGGAUUAACUAAUCAACAAUCUGGGAAUUUCGGGCAUUCCGAGGAGCACAGGGUUUCGGACACCUCUUCGCAUGUAGCGAGUGACUCUUACGGAGCUCCGCUUCAGAACCCCGAGGAUCACGAUUUGAAGAGUUCAGUCAGCUCCGGUGAUGACGAGAAAGGACUUCCACCGCCACCGUUGCCCGAAUACGAACCGUUCCACAACAAUAUUCCACCGAAGAAUCCUGAAAAGCUUUCUCAAGGUCAGAUUAACUUGCAGUACGACGUGCCUAAGGUAGAGCCGCUUUCUCUCGUGAAAACAGUCGGAUUCGAGUUGCUCCCUGGCGCACAGUUAACUUCGGAUCAUAAUACUGGAUUACCGGUAUUAAAUUUGCCAGUGUUUGAUCUUGGAUCGCAUCCGAGCUUCGGCACUGCAGAAGAUUUCUCGCAAAAAAGCACGCUGUCGAACAGCUAUGGUCCACCUGUGUCUAACGGUCCGUUCGGAAAAUUCAAUUCCAUCGAAUCAGGUGUAUACCUGCCUCCAGUGCUUGACUCCUACAGCGCGCCUCCUCUCUCGUCCUAUUCAUCUAAUGGCCCAUAUCCAGCCGCGGAGGCAGGCCGCGCGUCAUCAUUCUCAUCCUUCGGACUGCACGGUAGCUCGCUUUUCAAACAAAGCAUACAUCACCAUCGCCCGAUCGGAUUCAGACCGCCGCCGCUUCCUCCCGGCUCCCUGAUCCCACCCAGAACCCGCGACGCGAUCAAAUUCAAAGAACCGAUCCCCAGCGGGCUCUUAACUAAUCUCAAUCGCUACUUGCCUCCACUGAGACACGCGGAAUUAGUCAAAUCGCCAAAGACGUAUCAUUCACCGCUGUCGUUCGAGCAGCAGCUGCCGUCACUCCAUGCCCCGAUCGCUUUCAACAAACUAGCCAACAGCUUGCAUUCACCGAUAGCCGCGCCGAACGCGCAGUACGGGACACCCCUGACGUUUAGCGAGUUUAAUACACCGGCACCGGUGCUGACGUACGGAGCGCCUAACUUCGGACCCGCUUCUUCCUUCGUCUCCGCCGGGCACAAUUUAUACGACAGCAUCAGUAACGCUAUAACGACUACGUACGGCACGCCGGUGGUGAAUAUACCGCUGUCGACAGGUGACGGUCACGAUUGCGGCUUCCAGCAUUCAGCUCCUGGCACGCAGUACAGCUUUCAGGACACCAGAAGCCAUGCUCCUAGCUUCGGAGCCGCGCUGGGUCCAAACUUUAAGGCUGAAUCGUUGAACGUUUUAGGAGGAUCAGGAAGUAUCGUGCCGUCGAUAAGUCAGCUGAGCUUGGAGAGCUUCGAGCAACCGAAGACAAACCUGAAAGACAGCUAUGGGAUGCCGAUAGGUGUUCAUGAAACUGGGGACAACGUUCUGUCUAGCGACCAUAGCCAAGCUGUUGAGACAACAAACGUUCUAUUCGCUCCAACCUCUACGCAAUCUCAAGUCUCGGGUUCUCAUUACGAGCAAGAAAGUAGCGGUGCUAGGGCUGAAGCCUUGACUCUCGAGCAGAAAUAUCAGGCGAAGAAUGUUCCGAACAAUGUGGAUGCUAGUCAAUUUCUGAAUACCCAGGAGGGCAGCGAGGCUCUGUCGUUAGCAAAGGGACUGACAACCAGUGGAGGCGAUGGUUUUGAGAUCCAGGGUUCCAAGGGUACAUACACUCUUCAGAUCCAAGCUGCUGAUGGGGGACUAGGAACGGAGAACUCUGAUGGUAGCAUCAGGCAUGAUCAGGUGUUAUCAAAUGGACUCCUGCAAGAUAUUCUUGCGGCCAUCGAACAGCCUGAACGGGGACAGGUUCAGCUUCAGGGCCAGCCUGAGGCCCAACCGUUGCAGCAUGUGUUUAGUAGCGACGCGUUGCAGUCCGCACUUAACGACGUUCCUAAAGGACAUUAUAUUACGGUGGAUGAGAAGGGAAAGGAUAUCGAUGAAUUAGUGGGGCAAGCUAGCGAGAGGAACGGGAGUCAAGUCGAUAAAGAAUCUGCGAAGCAGGAGGCUAUUGCGCUUUUCUUCAAUAAUCAAUACGGCGACGCGAGGAAGGAGAUAAGGUCGGUAACGAAGAAUGAGAAAGUAGUUUCGUCUGCAGAUGGGAAGGAUGAAACGAAGUCCUCUUAAACCAUUCUGGUUGUUACGUUAUUUAAAUUGAUAUCGCAGAAGUUUGUAUUUAAACCCACAGUCUAAUUAGGAACUAUUUAAUAUAAUAUCUAGACUGCGGAUGUUUAUGCAAAUUUCUAUAUUUAUAAAUAAAAUUAAAGAAAAGAAACG